AUGCACACUCCGGACCGCGCGCUGCUCCCGGUCGGGGUCAACCAGUCUCUGGUUUCCGCGCCCGCCUCCGCUUACGACCCGGUGAUGGGACCGUGUGAGAACCGGACCGGCGCCUCCCGGCCGAACGACACCGACCCGUUCGCCCGGAAUGAGGAGGUGGCCAAGCUGGAGAUCACCGUCCUCAGCGUCACCUUCGCGGUGGCGCUGAUCGGGAACGUGAGCGUGCUGCUGGCCGUGCACAACACCAAGAAGAAGACGUCGCGGAUGCAUCUGUUCAUCAAACACCUCAGCCUGGCCGACCUGGUGGUGGCCUUCUUCCAGGUCCUGCCGCAGCUCUGCUGGAAGAUCACGUACCGCUUCUACGGGCCGGACUUCCUCUGCAGGAUCGUCAAACACCUGCAGGUGAUGGGCAUGUUCGCCUCCACCUACAUGAUGGUGAUGAUGACCCUGGACCGCUACAUCGCCAUCUGCCACCCGCUGAGGACCAUCCACCAGCCCACGCGGCGCUCCUACAUCAUGAUCGUCUCCACCUGGAUGUGCAGCCUGCUGCUCAGCAUGCCGCAGUACUUCAUCUUCUCCCUCAGCGAGAUCCAGAACGGCUCGGACGUCUACGACUGCUGGGGCCACUUCGUCCAGCCGUGGGGCGUCCGGGCGUACAUCACCUGGAUCACCGUGGGCAUCUUCCUCGUCCCCGUGGCCAUCCUGGUGAUCUGCUACGGCUUCAUCUGCCACAGCAUCUGGAAGAACGUCAAGUACAAGACGAGGAAGACGGCGGCGGGGGGAGCCGGGGCCAAGAACGGGCUGAUCGGGAAGAACGCGGUGAGCAGCGUCACCAACAUAUCGAGGGCCAAGAUGAGGACGGUGAAGAUGACUUUCGUCAUCGUGUUGGCUUACGUCGUGUGCUGGGCGCCGUUUUUCGUGGUGCAGAUGUGGUCUGUGUGGGACGAGAGUUUCCAGUGGGACGACUCGGAGAACACGGCCGUGACCCUGUCCGCGCUGCUGGCCAGCCUCAACAGCUGCUGCAACCCCUGGAUCUACAUGAUCUUCAGCGGCCACCUGCUGCAGGAGUUCGCGCACUGCUUCCCCUGCUGCCAGAGCGCCGGCGCCGCUUUCAAGAAGCAGGACUCGGACAGCAGCCUCCGGAGGACCACGCUGCUCACCAGGAUGACCAACCGCAGCCCCACGUGCAGCUCCGGCACCUGGAAGGAGCUGGAAAACUCGCCGAAAGCCUCCGCGCCCUCGACCAAGGCGGAAUGA